GCCGUGUGCGAGCCAGGCGGGGAGCUCGCCGCCCGGGCAGCUGAUGCUCAGAGGAGCGGGGAGCGGGGCUGGGCGCCGGUGACUUCGCCCAGCCGAGGGAGCCGCUCGCAGGCAGAGGACGCCGCCCGGGGCGCGCACCAUGGGGGACGCCCGGCCCGCCGGUGCCGGCUGUUAGCAAGUGACAGCGGACUCGGGAGAGCGCAGCAGCCCGGCGUGCGGGGCUCGCUGGGCGGCGGGGGCCGGGGAGGGCAGAGCGCUGCCGCGAUCCGCGUGUGUGUGGCUGGCUGGCGAGCCCCGGGAGCGGCGAUGCCCUUCGCCAAGCGGAUCGUGGAGCCCCAGUGGCUGUGCCGGCAGCUGCCGGCCGCCUCGCUGCUGGAGGAGAGUUUGGGCUGCCCCGAGCCCCGGGACCAGCCGCAGCCCGAGCCGGAGGAGGCUGCCGCCGUGGUGCCCGCGGCGGGGACGGAGGCUGCGGCGGUGCUGACGAUGCUGGAUCUCUGCUCCGUCAGUAACGGGGCCCUGGCCCGGAUCCUCCGGCAGCUGUCCGACGUGGCCCGGCACGCCUGCACCCUCUUCCAGGAGAUCGAGUCGGAGCUGCAGCUGGCCCAGCGCAGGGUGCGGGCGCUGCACGGCAAGAUCGGCGGGGUGCAGGGGGUGCUGCGCAGCCUGGAUCCCAAGCAGGAGGCAGUGCCUGUCUCUAACCUGGAUGCAGAGAGUAAACUGAGUGUGUACUACCGAGCACCUUGGCAUCAGCAAAGAAAUAUUUUCCACCCCUCAACCAGACCACCCUGUGUGGAGGAGCUGCACCGCCACGCCAAACAGAACCUGCGAGCCUUGCGUAGAGAACAACGAAACCGGGGUGAUAACAGAGAGCAGAAAGUCCCAGGGCCCAUCUCUGUGGUGGUUCCCCCAUUUCCCCCCUUCCCUGCAAUCUACAGUCAGAAGAGGAAAGAGAUAAAGGACCGUCACUUGCUAACAUUUAACAGCACCCGCUCGCCUUCCCCCACUGAGUGUUGCCACAUGACCCCAUGGAGUAGAAAGUCCCAUCCACCAGAGGAGGAAGAUACAGAUGUCAUGCUAGGGCAGAGGCCGAAAAAUCCAAUACAUAAUAUCCCUUCUACACUGGAUAAGCAAACUAAUUGGAGCAAAGCACUACCUCUCCCAACUCCAGAGGAGAAAAUGAAACAAGAUGCCCAAGUGAUUUCCUCUUGCAUUAUCCCCAUCAAUGUCACUGGAGUUGGUUUUGACAGAGAGGCUAGUAUACGCUGCUCUCUUGUUCAUUCACAAUCUGUACUACAGCGAAGACGAAAGUUGAGAAGGAGGAAAACCAUCUCUGGCAUCCCCAGAAGAGUGCAACAAGAAAUAGAUUCUGAUGAAUCACCAGUAGCGAGAGAACGGAAUGUGAUUGUGCAUGCAAAUCCAGACUUCUCAAGUACAAUCAACAGAAGAUCAGGUACCAGAGACUCUGAGUGCCAGACUGAAGAAAUUCUCAUUGCUGCUCCAUCCAGAAGAAGAAUCCGAGCUCAGAGAGGUCAAAGUGUUGUAGCCUCCUUGUCACAUUCAGCCGGCAACAUUUUGGUGUUGACAGACAACGGUGACGCGAUGUUCACUACAGCAGUGAGCCACCGUAUCCGAUCACGGAGUCUUCCUCGUGAAGGUGUUAGAGCCAGUGAAGCUGAUCAAGAUGCUGAUGCCAAAACUUCAGUGUAUGAAGCAGAAGACUUUUUGGCAAGCCAAGAAAGAAUCCCGAAAAAGGGUAACAAUGCCAUCAAUAACCAGGGUUCACAAGAACACCAGCCCAUAGGUUUAACUUGUUCUCAGCACCUACACAGCCCAGAACAUAAUGUAAAUGAGAGAGGGAGGUCGAGGUUGUCAAGGAUGGCAGAUUCUGGAAGCUGUGAGAUUUCAUCAAACUCUGACACCUUUGGGAGCCCCAUUCACUCUAUCUCCACAGCAGGAGUCCUUCUUAGCAGUCACAUGGACCAGAAAGAUGACCAUCAAUCCUCGAGUGGGAACUGGAGUGGAAGUAGCUCAACAUGUCCCUCACAGACAUCGGAAACCAUUCCUCCUGCUGCUUCUCCUCCGCUGACUGGCUCUUCACACUGUGACUCAGAAUUGUCACUGAACACUGCUCCUAAUGCCAAUGAAGAUUCUAGUGUCUUUAUAACAGAGCAGUACAGUGAUCACAUCGAUAAGGUUCGAGGUCACAGGGCAAGCUCCUUCACCUCCACUGUAGCAGAUUUACUUGAUGACCCCAAUAACAGCAACACAAGCGAUAGUGAAUGGAAUUACUUGCAUCAUCAUCACGAUGCAUCCUGUCAUCAAGAUUUCAGCCCUGAACGCCCAAAGGACGACAGCCUAGGAUGCCCAAGUUUUACGAGUAUGGCCACUUACGAUAGUUUUCUAGAAAAGACCCCAUCUGACAAAGCAGACACUAGCUCACACUUUUCUGUGGACACUGAAGGAUAUUAUACCUCCAUGCACUUUGACUGUGGUCUCAAAGGUAAUAAAAGUUAUAUUUGUAACUAUGCAGCCACAGGCUCUGAGAAUGGCCGGAAUGCAGAUGUUGCUUCCAGUCUCACUGAUUGUGCCUGGCAGGAUUACGUAAACCACAGGAGGCAGGGAAGACAGAGCAUCUCUCUCAAGAAACCAAAGGCAAAGCCAGCCCCACCAAAACGCAGUUCAUCUUUGAGGAAAUCUGAUGGCAGCACAGAACUUCCUGAGAAGAAAGAACCAAAGAUAAACAGUGGGCAGCAUGUGCCUCACACUUCCAGGGAAAUGAAGCUGCCACUUGAGUUUUCAAAUUCACCUUCUAGAAUGGAAAACUCUAAUCUGCCAAGCAAACAGGAACUCUCCUGGAUUAAUCAGAAUGAUAGUGAAUUAAAGAACAUUCAGUUUGACACCACGGAUAUUCCAUCAUUUAAAGAUGAAGGUGCUGAACAAUCUCACUAUGCAGAUCUCUGGCUUCUAAAUGACUUGAAAUCUAAUGAUCCUUAUAGGUCUUUAUCCAAUUCAAGCACUGCUACGGGUACUACAGUCAUAGAAUGCAUAAAGUCGCCAGAAAGUUCUGAAUCACAAACAUCACAGUCCGGAUCGAGAGCCACCACCCCAUCCCUCCCUUCUGUUGAUAAUGAGUUUAAGCUGGCUUCCCCGGAAAAGUUGGCUGGUUUAGCAUCACCCUCUAGCGGUUACUCCAGUCAGUCUGAAACACCAACAUCCUCUUUCCCGACAGCUUUCUUCUCUGGGCCCUUAUCUCCAGGGGGUAGUAAAAGAAAGCCAAAAGUACCAGAAAGGAAGUCCUCAUUGCAACAGCCUUCUUCUAAAGAUGGCAUUGUUUCUCUAAACAAAGAUCUAGAACUUCCAAUUAUACCUCCUACUCAUCUUGACCUAAGUGCUCUUCAUAAUGUCUUGAAUAAACCAUUUACUCACAGAAACCAGUUGCAUGCUUUUAAUCACAAUAAACAGAAUACGGUAGGAGAAGCACUGAAUCCUAAUCCUCCACCAGCCCUUGCUAUUACACCUUCAGUUCUAAAAUCUGUUCACCUUAAAUCAAUUAAGCCUGAAGAAGUGAAACAAAAAGACGAUAAUACAGACCUUCUCUGCAUACAAGAAACCACAUUAAUGGUGACUGCCAUUUCUCCAGGCAAAAUGAGGCCACUUGUAGCUAAGAAAUCAAUAUCACGUCAGUACUCUACUGAAGAUGCCAUAAUGUCCUAUAUUGAUUCUUCUCCAGUGGAGACAGGCCCUGAUAAACUGCAUUCAGAAAAAGGUUCAUCUAUCAGUGUACAGAAUAAUUGUGAUCAAGAAACUGUAACCUUAGCAAAUGUGGGUAUUUUAGAAGCAAAAACCAUGAAAGACCAAAUGCACCCAGUUGGUGAGCCUUUACCAGAGAACACACAAGUAUGUAACACUUCUGCAGAAGGGUUUCAAAAAGGUUUAGCUGCCUUUACAAGUGAUUAUGAAGUUAAGAUAACUUAUCAUGAAACAGAUCAGGAAGGGAGCCUUGAUCCUGUGCAGAUUAAGCAAGAAUUACCUGCAGUCUAUGAACAAAAGUUGGAAUCUAAACCUGUGGAUGAAACCACAUUCCAGUCUGAUCCACCAGCUGGGGGAGCAGACAUUAGUAAUCAGCCUAAGCAUCAGUUUGAUAUAAGCCACCGUGAUGACAAAGUGCCUGGGAAUAUCAGCUGUGAAUCAGAGAUAUCACCUGUAAAUUCACUUAAUGAAAAAAGUUCUGAGCAGGAAAAUGAUGUUGCAUCAGGUAUUCCAACCAAAAGUGCCUCUGAUGACAGCAGGGCAGAGGAGACACAGGGGAGUGCAGAUGAUGCUUCACUGAAAGAAUCUUCUCCAAGUGAUGAUUCCAUAAUUUCACCAUUGAGUGAAGAUUCUCAGACUGAAGCAGAAGAUGUUUUUGUGUCUCCAAACAAACCUCGCACUACAGAGGAUCUAUUUGCAGUCAUUCACAGAUCAAAAAGGAAAGUACUUGGGAGAAAAGAUUCUGGAGAUCUUUCUGUAAGAAACAGAUUGAGAGCUUCAUCUGGGGCCAGCAGCACGUCACCUGCCAGCAGCGUGUCACCUGCCAGCAGCGUGCCACCUGCCAGCAGCGUGCCACCUGCCAGCAAUGUGGGAGCCGCAGCAAGCAGUCAGAGGUCUCCUGGUCUUAUUUACAGGAAUGCCAAAAAGUCCAACACAUCUAACGAGGAAUUUAAGCUACUGCUCCUUAAAAAGGGCAGUCGAUCGGAUUCUAGCUAUAGGAUGUCAGCGACCGAGAUACUAAAGAGCCCUAUUUUGCCCAAAUCUCCCAGUGAGCUAAUUGUGGAUUCUCCUCAAAACACUGAUGAGACUCCCCAGGCAUCAUCAACUCCUGACACAUUAUCCCCAAUGUCUCCUUGCUCCCCUAGAGUUAAUGCAGAAGGUUUCUCCUCCAAGAGUUUUUCUAUGUCUGCAUCUUCAAGAGUAGGGCGUUCACGGGCACCUCCUGCAGCCAGCAGCAGCCGUUACAGCGUACGCUGUAGGCUGUACAAUACGCCAAUGCAAGCUAUAUCAGAAGGAGAAACUGAGAAUUCAGAUGGCAGCCCUCAUGACGACCGAUCUUCUCAGAGUUCAACAUAGGUUGCCUAAGCUCCAGAGAGCCAGACGGUUGACUGUGAAACUUGUAAACUCUGAAAUUACUGGGGUUAUAAAAGGAUGUGAAUAUAACAGGCCAACUCUGUAGCAGUCAAAACAAUUGCUGGGCAAUAUCAAUGCUUAAAAGUGUUUGUGUUUAUAAGAUGCUGGGAAAACAGAAAUUUAGAGCUGUAGCGAAUGAUUAUGUUUUCUAAAAAGUAGAAAUAUAAGCUAUGUCUCUUCUGUUUACCUUAAGUUUCAUUUAUCCUACUCUCAUUCCUGUUGUCACUGUAGAUUUCAAAAUCAUCCAUUUUCAUAGAAUUAAAAAUAACUUUUUUUUUUAAGUUGCCCAUUUAGGAACAAAACCUCUCACUGUAGUGCUUCCCUAGGGAAAAAAUGAAAUUGUGCUUACGGAUUGGUAUUUUUCUACACUAAAAUGAACUGAAACAAAAUUUAGAAAAAAUUAACAAAACAUAUGUAAAUACCAUAUUUUUGAUAAUAAUCUGUAAAUAGAAUUAUCAGAAAAAAGUGGACACGUGGCAAAUAGUUUACUGCAUAACAACUUUGUUUAUAGAAGACAAAAGUAGUAAAAUGUACUAACUGUAUUCUGUGAAUACCAUUUUUAUAUCAAACAUCAUAUUUACAUGUCCACCAAUACCACUUUCAGUGUGAUCAAAUCUGAAUUCUAACUGUAUGAAAGAAAAUCUCAAUGUUAAUUAAUGAAAUAUUAAGGCUAAUUAAGAGCUGAUUAAUUUUAAAGUAACCAUUUGUCUUUCAAAAUUUAGCUCAAAACAAGCUAAUUGCAAAGUGCAGCUGUGAGUUUCAAUGUGGUAAUUGGUAGGGAUGGAAAGCAUGCUUUUAACAGAACAAAAUCAUUUCUAAUGCAAAGCCCCAAGCAGUCACAUUUGACAGUGUCCCUUAGCCCUUUAUUCUGACAUGGAUAGCAUUAGAGAGAAUAGAUAUGAGGAAACGGUACUUAUUUUCAUAUUCUUAUUAGGCUAUUGGGACACAUAACCCAGUCAUAACCCGAGAACUAUAAUCUUUAAACAUGAUUAGUUUCUGGUUCUUAAAGGAAACAAAUAAAUUAUAAGCAUGCAACAAGCACCGUUUUAUCAGUAAAUAUUUGCAAUGAGUUUUCAGUGAAGCUUUCUCUUUGUGCUGAUGAGAUUCAUGCUACCUAAAUAUUUACAGAAAUGACACUGUGAAAAAAAUGUAGCGGGGAAAUAGGUGUGUGUGUGUGUGUACACGUUAUUUAUAUUCAUUAUUAAAUGAGGAAUGCUCUGGUUCAUUGUGCCAGCCACAUACAGCUUAAGUUUUGUCUGGGUUUACCAGAAAUGCUUAACAGGGGAGGGAUGAGAUGGGGGCGGGAAAGGAGAUGAGUCAGAGCAAAUGCUUUGAUAAACUGAAGGCAGGGAAACAAAAGCUGAAUUACUUGAAGUUACUUGAAUUUUCUUGUCUUAAAACUGAAAGAAAAUGUAGCUGUGAGCUCAAGCCACAAGUUGUUUUAUACCUUUAAUUUUUAAACAAAAUGAAACCAAUGUUUAAAAUGAUAGGCCUGAUUCCCUUUUGUUACACCAGUUUUCCAACGGUGUAGUACCACUUAAGCCAAGAGGAGAAACAGGCCCUAUUUGUUCAAAAUGUAAGCAGUUGGUAUUGCUUACAGACAGUAGAAUAUGCUUUUGAACAUGGGAUGGUUUAAUGGAGAGGACAGCUUUUAAGAAAGAAUGUGGCAUGCAGUAGGACAGAGUGAGUAGGAUGACAGAAAGGUACUUUGGUACUAAAGAAAUCAAAUAAAUUUGGCUUCAAGCAUAAGUAAACGAUGAUAGGGAAGUGGGAUGUGUGAAAGGGGCUUUAUUGGUUUAGGUUUUAGUUAUACAAUGCAUAGGGCAGAGGGUUUUAAAAGAAGGCAAAUAAUAUUUUGAAGAGGAAGAUUCUAUUUAAAAUUGGAAUGAUUGAAUAAACUAGAAUGACUUUAACAAAAAUUUGAAUGUUAAUUCCCAGUAGAAGGAUGUCCUAUUUCAUCUUGCGUACACCACAAAAAAUAUAAUUCAGGGUUUCCUACCGUCCUUCUGUGCAGUGUGAUAGCAUACAGUACGUGGGCUAUGGUCAGUGUGUGCAUGUGAGUAUGUGUGUUGGGGGUGGGAAUUAAAUCGGCAAAACAGUUUAAAACAUCAUAAAAACCUGGAGGUGUUUAAAGAAAGAUAAGUGGGUCAAGGUUUUGGAAAUAAGUCUCAUUGCUUGUGUUAACAGGCUAGUUAAGAAAACCUGAGUCUAAGUGCAGGUGAAAUAAAUGAAUUAGUAUGUUUUUUACCGGGCAUGUUUAGCAUAUCUCAAAAUACUUUUUUUGGAGAACGUGAGUAAAUGAAGUUGAUGAGUCAGACAGAACAGUCUUAUUCGGUCAUCUUGGGUCAUUUACCUUAGAAUGUAUAUCAGCAGCCCUUUUAUAAUAUCUUUAAAGACGUUAUAUGUGCUUUAAAAAUCAUUCUAAAGUUUAAGCAGAAAACAGCUGAGUUGAUUUUGAUAAAUUGAUAUCACCUUUUAUUAACAAACUAGGCAUUUAAUUUCAUACUGGUACCAUAUAGCAUAUGGUACCAGUAUGAAAAUUAAACGUGUAUGAAAUUAAAUAUAUAUAAACAUUUUGACUUGAAUUAUGAGGCAUUAAUAUACCCUCUGUAUGUAUUGCUCACAGAACUAUCGCAUCAAAUAUAGUUUUACUUAUUUUGUUUAAUCUAAAAUCUAUGACAAAGUUUUUCUAUUUUCUAUUUAACAGAUUUAAACCCAAAUAAAGCUGGAUUGUAAAUCCUCUAAGAGAAAAAAAAAAAGAAUUCACAAUCAUAACAAGUGUGGGAGCCAGAAAAUGUUUUAAAGGAAACCCCUUUAGUGAGGUAUAUAUCUUUAAGGCACUCAAGACAAGCUUUAGAAAAUAACAACACAUAUCUUGAAACUUAUGCAGCUGUUUUUGUGUCUGAAAAAUAACGUUUUUUUCUUUUCUUUUUUUCUUUUGUGGCAGCAUAGAGGACAUGGAAUAGUUGUAGCAAAUAAAGCAAAUGUUUGCUUUUGCCAAAGGUCAGUGAUUGAGUGCAUUUGCUGCAAUGGUGGCAGAUUUAGAGAAAUACUGUAGGUUAUGACUUAAAGAUUAAAAAAAAUUAAGAAGGUUACAGUGUAACUAUUUUGGUACUAGCACCAGUUCAUGCUGGCAGAAAAGACAAUGGUUUAUGGACUUGCAUCCAUUUUGUAUUUUUGUAAUAUUUGUAAAUAUGAACUUUUUAAAUUGUUGCAAAGACGGUUUCUUUUGUAAAAUGUUUUCAAAGUUUACAUUAAAUCCAAGCCUUUGUAUAUUUUAGAGCUGUGCAACACUUUAAGUCUUGUAUUUAUUUUUAGUAAAAACAGUGACAGUUUCAUUGUGAACCCCUCAAAAAAUGUGUCAGAAAAGUUUGAUUACCUAGAAAGUGUGUAUAGAAACUGCAAAUAAACGUGACUGCAAUUAAA